AUGGCUAGUUUUACGCGAUCUUCAAGUAUGACAAAUUGUGAUACGAUAGUUUUACAUGAAGAUGAAGAAAAUAUGCAACAGGAUGAGCAAGUGUUAAAUGAAGCCCAAAAGGGUCCGGAAAAGAGGUUGAGGGAGAAUAGUGAAGAAAAUGACAGAGAAGAGGAUUAUGACGGCUUUGUUACGGAAAAAAAUAUCCAAAUGAGAAUUACUAACUCUUUACCAAUUCGUUCGGAAGCAGCUAUUUUAUCACAUAGAGAUACGCUUUUAAAAGAAAAUAAUAGAACAUCAAAUGAGAUAAGUUUCGAAGAAUUAUGCGAAAACAAAGACGAACAAAGGAGUGAAAUAAAUAAAAAGCAGAGAAAAUCGCGAAGCAGGAGUAGGAGACAUUCGAAGAAUACUGUGCCUAACACUGAUUGGGAUGAGGAGGUAGUAGUACCACCAAAUAAGGAGACGAAUACAUCUAAAAUUAAUAGUGUAUUCUCUAGAAUGAAAGCCAUAGUUGUGAAAAUUAAAGACGUAAUAUAUUCGAAGAGAACAUUUGAAGAAAAGGUUUGUUUAUGUAUGCAAUAUAUUAUUAAGGAUGUCACAUCAAUUUUAUGUGAAACAUUUAUGAGUGAGAGUAUAUUUAAUUUACUAUUUGAAAACAUACAAAAUGGCUAG